CCAAUUAUCCCACACAGUACACACAUCGACUGUUUAAUCACAAAUAUACACAUGUAAUAUACAUGUUCAUAGGACCCAGCGGUUUCCCAAGAAGGGGGUGGUUUCAUUCCCGCGGAGGAAGAUGAGCAAACCGAAACCUCCGACCCGUCCUUCGACGGGUCAACGCCGGCCAAUUGGCCAGAGACCGACCGUUCCGCCGGGCCCGCCACAAAAACCGCCUCCACCGAAUCCAACUGCUGGUCCACCUCCUCCUCUUCCGGCGAAGCCAUCUACGGCCCGAGCUCAUCCGACAGAGUCUCUUGAGGUAUUGAGCACGAUGCCGUCGACAGUGGCCUCGCCGAACAACCAACGCCUCUUGAGCGUGAAGAUGAGGCACCUCAUCCGGGUCUAUGUGAUCCACUUGAUGCUCUCGGUCCUUGCGGUCGCCCAGCUGCUGAGCCUGCGGAUAUACAACUUGAACUUCGCCGUUUUGAUAGACCCCACGGUGCCCGGCUUGGUGUGGCUGCUCCUGGCACUGGGCUGCCUGCUCGUCCUGGCCUUUGUGUAUUUGGCCCACCAGUGUCCGUGCAACUACCUCCUGGCCAUCGUAAUCGUGGAGCUGAUCGUGCUCUUCGUCAAUAGCCACCAGUGGCCGUUAGUCUCGCUUCCCUGGAUAGGCGGCGUCCUGGCCAUCGUUCUGAUCCUGAACCUCCUGCUGUACGUGAUGGGCAUCUAUCUGCCGCUGAUUGUGCUGCCGGGCAUCAUUUUCAUGAUAGUCGUCACAUUGGUGUGUGUGGUGAUUGUCGUUUCGAUAUAUGUGAUUGUGUAUCUGAACGGCAACCGCUACAUGCUGCGCUAUGUGUCGAUGGUCAGUCUGUUCUACGUGGCUAGCAUCGUCCUCUUCACGAUCACCGUCGUCCACCAGCGGAGAUUCGACUAUCUGGCGCACACAGAUUAUGUCCUGCAGGCCUCCGUCCUGGCCAUGCUGUUCGUCUAUCUGAUCCACGUCCUCUCCACGGUAGUGCGGUUCGGCCAGUUUCUGGUCGACCAUGUGUAAAGUGUAUCUGUGAAAUGUUUGUAUUAUACAUCCAAAAAAUAGUAAAGUCAU